AUGCCAAAAGAACAUGUUUGUCGAUGGGAAGGGUGCACAUUUAGCUCGGUAAUCUUGCCAGUCUUCAAAGCUCAUAUAUGGACACAUACUGGCGAAGCACGAUGCCGAUGGUGGAGCUGUGAGCAAGUGUUUGGGCCUAAAGAAGAGCGGAAUGCUGAUCACAUUAUACGUGAUCAUACCUUUAUUCGAGAUGUUUUCUGCAAUUUUUGUAAGAAACAGUUUUACAGCCAUGUUUUACGAGACGCACACGAAAGGAAGAUUCAUGUCAAGAAGCUGGUAGGUUUUUUUUUAGUUUUUUGGGGAAGGGGGUACUUUUUGGUUUUAAUGAGAUUUCGUUCUAUUUGGCUUGACCUUGUGUUAGGCCGAAUUAAAACUGGUUGGGUUUUGGAAGCAUGGUUUGAUUUAUAAUAUUUUAAAGGAAAAAGAUUGGUCAUUCUUAUAAUGUUAAUUAUUUUGGCAUGGAUUCGAAAAAUAUAGUUUUUUAAAUGUUUAGGUACAAAAAAAUGCAAAAAUUGAAGGUUAUUUGAUUUUUCUUUUAACUUUUCUUAAAAAAUAGUUAUAAUUUUGAAAAUGUUAGGGAUUGUAGGUUACUCUUGUGGUGUACUACCUGAAUAUAAAUAAUGAAUAUAUAUUGAUAAUUCGCUAAUUCUUAAAUUUACAGCGCUUUUAUUGCAUGUUAUGCACCUAGAAUUUGAAAAUCAUAGUCAAUGUUUAAAAAUUAAACGUAAAGUGUUGACGUUUCUUGAUGAAUAUAGCUUACAUAACUUGUAGUUUUGACUAUCUAGUUUUUCAUCUUUGUCAUUUUCAGGACUUGUUUGACUGCAUCUAUAUGGACUGUCAUUUUGCAUCAGAAAGAGCGGCACUGAUGAGAGAUCAUAUUAAAUAUGAUCAUAAUGAUCCAACUGGUUUUGAGGAAAUGCUUAUGGCGGUAAGAACUUAUUUUUUAAUUAGCCGGUCAAAAAGUCUAUAGAACGUUGUUUUUACGUUUUUAUGGUUUUAAUAAAAAUAUUUUGAUUAUUGUCAUUUUUACUAAUCUUAUUGUGUCAAACAUAUUCCUUCUGUUGUAAUUUUAUGUUUCAGCAUGAAUUUCAUUUAAUGUUACCAAACUGCGCUACGCCAUAUGAAAGACUAUGGAAUGAAAUGCCAAUGUUAAUGAUAGUUAAAUCUGAACCUGACUCUCUUGCAUUCAGUGUGAACCAAGCAAUCUAUAAAAAGGAAAAAAUCGGCUCAAUAGAGGGUUCAGAAGAAAGGAGUGAAUCAAGAGAAGGAACAUCAUCAAGGUCGAGAAAUAAAAGACAAAGAGCAAGAAAAGAAGAAAGAAGCGAGCCAGGAGAAGGUGAAGCAAAAAGACAAAGAAGAGAAGAGCUAGAGAGAAGACAGAGGGAGAAAACUCCACCGGUUUAUAUACAAGCCCAAUAUGAACCAGUCAUACAGUACAGAACGCCUGCUCACAGCAUACCAAGGGUCUUACGAUAUACAAGCGUAAGCAGUUUUUUGAAAUUAUUAUAGUUUUCAGUUUUAAUUUCGGAAAAAUUUGAUUUUUGUUGCCUAAAGCUUUAAAAAAGUAAUUUUCUUAUAUAAAAUUUGUAAAAAAUGGGGAUUUUUUAACUAAGAAAUUUGAAUGUUUGUAAACUAAAACCACGAUUUUUUGAUAUAAUUCUCCCUAGCUGUAGAAAAGUAAGGAUUAUAUUCGAAUAAAUUUUGCUAGACAUGAGCAACGGGCAGGGCCCUACCUUCAGGCCAGGCCCGGAAAAAAUUUUUUAAAUUUUUUAAUUCAAUCCCCGUUGAUGUUUUUCGGUUUUAUUGGGUACUAUGGUCUAUAAAUGAUAUAAAAAAAUAAUUUAAAGCCAAAUUUCCGUUUAUUUUUUAAGUUUUAAUUUUUUAAAACGGUCCGGGCCUAGAAAUUUUCUGAUCUGGCCCGGCCUGACCAAAAUUAAAAACGGGCCAGGCUUGAAAAUUGGGUUCGGCCCGUUGCUCGUGUCUAAAUUUUGUUAAAUACAAAUUUUUCAUUGGGCGCGAGCAAAGCGUUUUGUUAUACGAUGAAAGCUGCUUCAAAAUUUUGGCUUUAUAAUAAUUUAAAACCUUUUUCAGCUACAAUUUCGUGAAAUAGUGAGAGAUCGUUUUUUCGUUGGUCCACACGCCAGGGCGAUACCUGAUGUUUCACGUGGUAAUAUGACGGAUCCUCGGUUAUCAAAUGUAGCACCGCACGUCAAGAAAAAAUAA